AUGGUGUGGUUUGGAAGGAAAUGCUGUGGCGUGGUUUGGAAGGAAAUGCUGUGGCGUGGUUUGGAAGGAAAUGCUGUGUGUGGUUUGGAAGGAAAUGCUGUGGUGUGGUUUGGAAGGAAAUGCUUUGCCGUGGUUUGGAAGGAAAUGCUGUGGUGUGGUUUGGAAGGAAAUGCUGUGGCGUGGUUUGGAAGGAAAUGCUGUGUCGUGGUUUGGAAGGAAAUGCUGUGUGUGGUUUGGAAGGAAAUGCUGUGGUGUGGUUUGGAAGGAAAUGCUGUGGUGUGGUUUGGAAGGAAAUGCUGUGGUGUGGUUUGGAAGGAAAUGCUGUGGCGUGGUUUGGAAGGAAAUGCUGUGUGUGGUUUGGAAGGAAAUGCUGUGGUGUGGUUUGGAAGGAAAUGCUGUGGUGUGGUUUGGAAGGAAAUGCUGUGGUGUGGUUUGAAAGGAAAUGCUGUGGCGUGGUUUGGAAGGAAAUGCUUUGUCGUGGUUUGGAAGGAAAUGCUGUGGCGUGGUUUGAAGGAAAUGCUGUGGCGUGGUUUGGAAGGAAAUGCUUUGUCGUGGUUUGGAAGGAAAUGCUGUGGCGUGGUUUGGAAGGAAAUGCUGUGGCGUGGUUUGGAAGGAAAUGCUGUGGCGUGGUUUGGAAGGAAAUGCUGUGGCGUGGUUUGGAAGGAAAUGCUGUGGCGUGGUUUGGAAGGAAAUGCUGUGGCGUGGUUUGGAAGGAAAUGCUGUGGCGUGGUUUGA